AUGGCGGACAGACCUGAAGAAAACGGGCUGAGCGAUACAGAAGGAAAAGAAGGCACAGAGAGACCGCAAUCGGGAAGAUCGAAAGGCUCAGCCGAAUCGAGAAAGUCCAUUCAAGAUGCAGUUAGCAAGUUGACUGUUAAAGCUCUGAAAGAAUUUCGUUUGAGUGAUCCGAGUGAUGUGGAUACCGUUGCGACCGGUGCAGAAAGUGAAGGCCUUGUUCCCACUGCAACUUUAACCCAAGAGAUUCCAACGUUUGAUCCUAGAGGACUACCAGGGGCGCAGACGCUGCUCUCUGAAGGAAUUAGUGGUGAUGAUACAAGAGAGGAUGAGAUCGUAGCUGAAAUUGAUGGCGGAGACGAUGAAGACCUAUCUGAUGAAGAAUAUGGUUCCGAGGGUGAAAAUGAUAUGGUGGUUCUUGAUCCAGACCAUGUGAGUAAACGUAUAUUUUAUGUCAGUGAAACAGUUUUCAAAUCCGUAACAUUUGCUGUAGAGUUUCAAAGGAUCAAAAAAUGAGAAAAGCACGAAUUGCAAAGAACCACAGUUGCACUGAAGUGAAGCCACUAACUGUAUGUAAGCUUAUGCAUAACUGUCAAACCAAUCAUCAACAUCUCCCACCGAAUCUGUCUGUUUAUUAAAUACAGUGUACAUGUACAAGUUGUGGCUUAAUUAUUUGAAUAGGCAAAGAGAUAAAAAAUCAAUUGGUUUAAAUUGUCCAAACUGAAAAAAUAAAAUAAGCUCCAGGGCUUGAAAUAACUAUUGGGCAGGCGCCGGACACAUUGUCCGGUCAAACGUGAUUUUGCUCGGACAUAGGCAUUUUUGGCCGGACAAAUUUAAUCCAUCUUAACUAGUUGCAAUAGAGGCUCCAUUUUGCAAGUUACAUGAUCUGUAUCAUUUUCAGCAACAGCAACUCUAGUUACUCAAAACAAAUCGAGUGUGCAAAAAAUUAGAAGUUGUAGUUUUAUUACUCUUUGUUCUGUUACAUUGUAAGUCAGACACGUGGAUUGCAAGACACAACCUCAUCGUUAACGUUUGGUUGAAACCUGACCAAAUCACUAACAAAACGUAACCUUCAACUUUAUAGUACAACAUUUACAUUUUAGCAAAUGCUGCUUUGUUUCUACAAAUAUUUUCAAACGGGCAAAUAAACUUGUGAAAUCGUUUGGUUCAAUAAAUCAAUCUCUCAAUUAACACGAUAAUAAAUGCUAUUAAACGGAAAGUAAAUUAAUAUACAACUGAUCACACCAGAAAAUGUUAAGACUUUAACUUAACUAAUCACUAUCAGUAACUUGCAACGGGGGUUACGUUCUCACUACUCAAGAUCUUCAAGCUCCUUAAUUAACUCGUUUUCUUCGUUGUCGUCAGUGUCAUAACUCUCUUCUGGUGAAGAAUCAUCUUGUUCGAUCAACACUUUCGGCCUUUUUGCAGAAUCUCUUGAAUUGUACUGCUUCCUUGCUCUCUGGUUCGCGCCGCGGUUAGCACUGCUUGCCCACAAUUGCGGUCGCGACUGACAACAGGAAAUGUCAUCAAUUUCACAAACAAAAGUCCCUCUAGUUAAUAUCUUUUUUGGGAACAUGAUAAGAUUGAAUAAAUUUCCAUCAUGAUUGUCUCAAAAUUGAAUUUUCUUUGAAAGCCCAAAUGACCGGACAACAUGUCCGGUCAUCCACGGAUUUGCUCGGACAAUGCUCGAUUCUGACCGGACAUUGUCCGUUGACCAGCCGUUAUUUCAAGCCCUGAGCUCACAGUUAUAAUGAAAAUUGUCUUUUUGGAUAAUUCCCGUUUUUUUUUUCAAAUUGAGAAAAUCCUGUUAUUUCGUCACACCUUCACCUUUUGAAUUACUUAAUCUGAGGCUAGGCAAAUUCUUAUUGACUUGUAUGUGUUUUUCUUCUUACAGCCUCUUAUGGUCAGAUUUCAAGCAGCAUACAAAGCACAUUUACUCAAGCAACAGGAAAAAGUUAAUUUAGAGCUCCGAGAACUGGUGAGUAGAAAUUAGGUUACCUGCAAAGGAUGCCAGGACGUUGCAGUGUUUUUAUGACUGAGAGGCUCUAUGGCUCUCAAAAGAGUUGAUACCAGGUGCAGAAGGGUUCAUUGCCAGACUCACCCAGAUCUUUCUUGAAAAUUCAUGAUUUUGGGGGAAGAAAAUUAAAAAGUGCAGAUGCAAGGAAACUCACAAAAACAAGAGGUGGAGAUUCAUUGCACACAGCUCAGAGAUUUGAAGAUCAUAAUGAAACGAUUCCAAAGCUUACAAGCUAUCACACUAUAGCAUGCCUUAGCUACCAUAUACAUGUAAAUGAGAAUUUGUUACUUUGUUGAUACCUACAAAAUGAUGGAACUUGAAUAUGGAGUACAGUUUUACUAGUUAAGAAUGCUUUGAUUGUUUUUUCUUGCAAUGCAGACUGAAGAUCUCAAAACCAAGAAGCGUGAGCGGGAAGAGCUUGGUGUGCAGCUGUAUGGAGUUCAACAGGAGCUUGCAAGACAGCAAAUGCUUCUUGAGAAAGAACAUGAUAACUUUAAUUCAGAAAAUCAUCUUAGGAUGCAAAGUGAAAAGCUUCUUGAAGAAACAAGAGCACUGCAUGAUAAAACUACCGAAGAUCUCAAACAUCAGCGAAAACAAGGUACUCAUGGAUGCACGAAAAUAGUUACAGAUAAAGUUCUCUUGGAGGCCACUCUCAUUUUGCAGAUACAACUUACUUGAAAUCCAUGGUCUUACUCGUAUUUGAUUUUGUACUCUCAUCAUCAUGUUUAUCUCAGUUGGGAGUGGCACGAAGUAAGGAAAGCAAGGAAAAAUAGAGGUGGGGACUGGGGAGAGUGGUGAGGGAACUGAACUCUCUCCUCUGUCCCUCUCCCUUGCUUUUAUUUUUCUUGCCCUUUUACUUUGUGCCACUCCCACCUGAACUCCUGGACCAGGCUAAUAUCUACAGGGUUAAUAAGUAUCCUUGUAUAUGUUAUUAUAGACAUUUCUUCUUGUUGUCGUAGGUAAAGGUUACUAUGCACAGUUAAAUGACAGGUGUGGCUAAUAAUCAUUGUACCUACCAUGUGGGAAAUUGUGGAUCUCAGAAAUUUUUUAUUCAAUCUCUGAAGUUUUUUUGGUUAUUCUCAAAAUGUCAGUUUUACCUUUAACUCUUUUGGGUUUUUGGACAUUGUUCUGCAAGGUCUCAGAUUUUUGAGCAGGGUUUUGUUGUCUGUGAGUCUCAGAAUGCUUGAGACCUUUCACUGUAUAUCCGUAAACUAGACUUAAAAUUGAUACAGAUAAUGCAGGGGUUCUUAUGAGUUUUGUCCAGCAUCCUGCUUGUGUGUUUUCUCCAGCUAAAGAGCUCAGAACAGAAGUGGAAAACCUAGCAGCUAGAUUGCAUUACAUGGAGGAAGCUAAAGAGGAUGUUAGGGCAGACAUUGCUGUUAUGAGAAGGGCAGCAGAGAAAGCAGACACUGAAGUGACUAGAGCAGAAAUGGAGAAAAAGAAACAGGUUGGCGAAAAAUAGUAGAAAUUUGUACAAAAAUCUGCAUAGUUGUUGUAAUGAUAUCUCAUUGUGUUGUUUUGUUUUUGUGCUAUAGUUGACACAUUCCUUGUGAAGGUUAGCACCGUACCUUUCCCAACAUUUUGCAUUUUAGACACUGUAUUAAAUUUACACCCUUGAAGCAUUGGCCUGGGGAUGUCCCAAACAGCUGGUUUCCGGCUAAUUUAACCAUCUGAAGAAGACAUUACCACCGGCUCAAAUUACUCUGGAAAACAAUAUCAGGGGUUAUUUUGAAGGUGCAGUUGAAUCAAAAAGCCGGCACAGUUGAAUCAAAAAUCCAGCUUGCUGCUUGACUAUUAUAGAAAAGCCUGCUCAGGUUUUAAAGCUACAUCCCUGUGAUGGUGAAAAACUGAAUUCUCUUAGUCUACCUCCUAUCCUUCAAAAGUAGUUUGAUCUAACUAUCAUAAAAUCUUUUCUAAAGAAAAAUCUGUAAAUUCCAUCAUAGUUAGUAGAGAGGGGCUGUCUACUCAAUAUGAUUCCAUUACAGCCUCUGAUCCUGGGCUACUGCAGUUGUGUCACUUACAAUACAAAGUAAAUACCUCAUGUUACAGUAUUUAUUUAUAACUUUACAAUAUUUUCCUCUCAGGUGAAAAAAAUCAUGUUCGAUUAUUUUACAGGAUCUUCUGGUGGACAGGUUGACACAAACUGUUGAUCGACUGAGAGAAGAGAUUGAUAUGUUCGAGACCCAGGCUGUUGCUCAGCUGGAGGAAACUAAAGCUGCUCAAAAAGCUCUCUCAGAAGCAACCACAGAAAUAGAGGUACAUGUAGGAAAAAAUACUUAAACUUUGUUGUACACUACCAAAACUCAUGAAUAAUUAUUUUUCCUGAAUGAGCAACUAUUUUGCAAUUCUAGAAAAGAACGGCAAAUUUAUGAUCCAGUUCCUUCCCGAAGUAUUUUAACACUAUAAAAAUUUAACAGAAUGAAUUUAUCCACAGCGAUCUACAGCGGGUUGUUGGAAAGUGAUUGAUGAACUUCAAAAUCCCUAAUUUAUCAAGUGUUAAAACCAUUAGGUACAAUCAGAAACCCAACAUGUCUCAUUUUAAACUUGCUAAAACACUCAAGCAAUUUUAAUGAACCAAUAACCCUUUAAGUCUUAAUAUCCACAUAAAUUCUCCAUACUGAUCUUUGUACAUUUAGUUUCCUUAAAGAAUUAGCUGAGAAAGUUUGAUAACAGAUCAAAGCAUUUUCUCUCUAGUGAUCAUUGUGUUAACUCUCAUAACCAUUUUUCUUGCCAACAUAUGGAUAUUGUUAGGAGACAAUUGUCGUUGGUCACUAUUGGGACUUAAAGGGUUAAUACUUGCAAUGUGUUCGCUGCUAGCGGAGGUCUCUCUUGACGUGAGAGACCUCUGAUAGUAGGGAAAGAAAUGUGUAAAAUGCAGUUGACAAAAAUUUCCAGUCUUCAUCAUUCCUCAGACUGGAAUAGAACUGAAGGAUUUUACCCCUGUUGACUUUUAGUUUCGACCAAAAUCUCCUAAGUUGUGGCCAAUCUUGAGGACUUCAAGACUUACUUCUCAUGAAUCUGUUUAGGCUCUUCAACUGGAGAAGAAGCAGUUGACUCAGCAAUGGUACAGUAGCUUGAUUGGGAUGAGAAGACGUGAUGAAGCAUUUGCUGCUAUGCAGGAAGCACUGAGGUGAGGCAUUGCCAUGCACCUCCUGUUUGGUACUUACAGUGUCUACAGAGAGACUAGAGUCAUUUAUAAUUCAUAGUGCCAUGGCAAUCACUUAAUCAUGUGCAGCUGAAGAUAUACCAAAAAAUGGAAAAGACAGUUCCCCCAUAACAUUUUUUCAAUUCAAAGAAAUUCCCUGAUUUUCUCAACUAGUUACCUUAGGGCACUUUCUAUAGUAAACACUCAUCAUAUAUAUCAGUCAUAUCAGGUCUUUGUUUGUAAUAACAUUCACACACAAACUCCCAAUGAAAGGGAUCAAAUUUUAAGCAGGUUCAAAUAACCUUUUACUUGAGCUUUCCCCUUAGAAAUUGGGAGGGGCAGGAAUAGACCCUGGCUUAGGUUAUCACAAGUCCUGGCGUAAAUAUUAGGCUGAUUAGCAACAGAACGGGAACAUCAGUUGACGACGGCGCGCGUAAAUCAAACAGCUGGCUUGACCGAUGGCAGAGUGGCAAAUUGAGCACCGGAAGUCGUGUUUAGUCCUUUCUGCGCGCUUUACUGUCGUCAACUGACGUUUCCGUCCCGUUGCUAAAUCAGCCUAUUCCUAAUAAUCUAUUCCAAUUUACGCUACCAGCUGGUUUAACGCAAACAACAGUGAGUAACACAUUUGACAGUUUAGCGGAAAUAAAAAAUAAAAAUAUUGAGAACUAUGUUUACACUGUCAUGUGUGCUGUUCCUUAAAUGGGGAAGUCAAAGUGAGGUCAAUUGCUUCAGAUAAACCUUAACUGACAUGCUUGUGAUAUUAUAAUCAGCGGGAACGUCUUACAGGUUGUACAAAUUUCAGGCCUUUGUGUCCACGGCCAGUUGAUUUAAAGACUUGAAUUGAACUUAAUUUUAGCAAAAUUGUUCAGCGCAAUGUUUUCUAGAAUAUGGGUACAUUUAGCAUACACCUCGGACUGUUAAUAAAUUUCUAAAACCGUUAACUUUCAGUCUACAAAGGCAGAGAAUCCAGGCCAUAGAGACAGAGAUUGAAGGAUACCGAAAGUCAAUCAGCAAAGCACAGGAACAAAAUGAACAGAUCACGCUAAUGCAUAACAAGAUUGAGGCCGACAUCUCAAUGGUGAAGAAACUGAUCGCUGUCAGCCGAAAUAAGCAGGAAGUGCUCAAGACUGAGUACAGCAAGUAUUCAAGGACAUUGCAUGAAACGGAACAGCAGCUAAACAGAGCAGAAACUGUAAGAGUGAUAUGUGACAUUUGCAUACGAGUUUUAUGGUACUGUCAUGUGCAAUUUAAUUCAACUUACAUGUAGCAUAAGAUUAUUUUCAAUCAUGGAAUUCACCAUAGAAUUGGAAGGGUUUUGCUGGAAAUAUCAGGGGAGGUACAGAAGCUUCAACCCCUUUCGUUUUUCACCUCUCUUCCCUCCUCCCACUUCAACCAGCACUUUUCGUGAAGCCGUCUUUACUCGCCUAAAAGUUGCCGAGGAGAAACCGGCAAACCUUUCUCUUCCCGUUCUAAUUUUGCGCGAAGUAGCUACGCUUGAUGUUGUUCAAGAGUACAAGAAAUUUGGGUCGACUCCUCCGCGUUUUCGAGAAGUCGGGAUGAUUCUAUCUUUUGCAGCUAGUCCCUGUCCCACUCGAGCUUGAAAUCUGCUUUGCGAAAAUGUUAAAAACGGCAUGAAUGGCUUUAGCCGGAAUUGAGAGUUUCCUAUCAACCAGUUAGUCACGUGACUUAUUUUGAAAUUUGUAUUGCCUCAUACCAGGAAGUGACGCUAAAGGACAAUGAGAUCACAGCCCUGAGAAAACAGACUGAGCGGGAAUUUCUGGAGAAGAUUAAAAUUGAGGAUAAUAUCAUGGAAAAAAUGAGAAGUCAGUUGACUCUGGACAAGGCUGCACAGUAUACCAAGAAAAUGACAGACAGGCUGAGAAAACGAGCUACAGAAUUGGUAUGUGUUAAUAAGCGUCUUAACCUUGUAUGUUUUGUGAAUGAAUUAUUCCUGUUUUUUGGGCGAUAAAAGUGGUGCACUUCGACUUGAUGAAAAGUAACAUGGCGGCACUAAACAAUGAACGCGUAGUUCAAAUCGAUUUUAUAUUCCUGCUGUACUAACAUAAGAAAGUUUUCUGUUCCAAUCCAGAGUUAAAAAUUGUUUUCUAUGUUUUUACUGAAUUUAUUACUUAUAAUGACUAAGUCUCUGUUUAGUUCCUAUUUUUAACGUAUCACUCCGCGAAUUUCAUUCUAUUUUACUUUAAUAUUUCUUUGUGACUGAGGAGCCCAGGCUUCCUAAGCCUUCUGGUUUCUUCUGGGCUCCCUUGCCAACUUACAAUUCCUAUAUGUAUUCUUGUAUUGUAUUAUAUUUUGGCUAAAUAAAAAUGAAGUGAAAUGAACUUAACUUAACGCCUUACUAAAAUUUGAAAUCUCGGCAACGUGAAACUGCAAACGCGUAACUGCAAACUGCGGUUUGCGGUUUCCUAUGAAAAACCUGAAGCUAAAAGUCUCUAAUAAAAAACGUCGACUUAAGGAAAAGUCUGACCACCUUGCCGUCCUUCAGCACUCAGGGUAAACGUUUCGUGUUUGUUUUUCUCAAUCGCUAAUUUUUAUAUAGUCCAGUCAAUGUUUAGCAGUCUUGUAGCCACACCGUCUGUUUCCCCCUUUUUCUUUUCUAGCCAUGAGCAACUUUCAGAAUUAAAUCUGAGUAGGAGAACAUCAUUCGGAUUAAAAUCAGUUUCGUUUUUUCCCACGACUCUUACUUCUUUGCUGUUAGUGUUGCUGAGUCGAUAAGGAAUCUUCAGGACACUAUUAGACCCAUUGAUGUGCUGAAUGAUCACUAAAGAGUCACGAAGUAGACCUGAAAACUCGUAAUCGUAGUCAGUGUCGUAAUUAAAUCUGAAGACCUCUUAACCAAACGAUUGAACAGGCUCUAGCAGGGGCGGAUAGUGAGGGGUGAUGGGACGAGCGGCCCUUUCUAAUUAACACUGUGCAGGCUUGACAGACAUUCAAAAUCUGCUCUAUCGUUUGAUAUUUUAUCCCAUUUGUCUUUUAAAAUUUUUUACAGGAAAGUUCAGUGGCUGAGGUCGAGAACGAGAUUUCCAGAGACAUUCUGGACAUCUCCAACACCACAACUCGUGUUCGCCAGUUGCAGGAUAUAAUGGACAAUUUAAAUGAAGAGAUUCAUCAAAAGAAUGCGACCAUUUCCAAGAUAGAAGGGGAAAUCGUGAAGAGGAACGCCAUUAUUGAAAGAAAACAAAGCACAAUUGACCAGUACAAUAAACGGAUUGACCAAAUGAGGAACAAUAGUGGGGUACGUGGCUAAUUUGUGUGCUACUGCUGGACAAUAUACCUACUUGGAUUUGUUUGAGUUUUUGUAAAGUUCAAUGGCUUAUUUUUUUUCCUCUCUUCUUUAUCAGGGAGAAGAAAUCGGGCCACUGGAGCUACAAAUUCAUACUUUGCAGAAACAAAUUGAGGCCCGUUUAAAUGAAAUUACUGAACUACAGCAGUUCUGGCUAAGAAAUCAAAGCGAACUGGUAAAAACCUUAAAAGAUGUACAGAAACAAUCAGAAGACAUGGAAUAUCUCAAGAAACAAUACACUAUCCUUCUACAAAAGAAGUUGAGGAUUGAAGGUAUGGCCGGGGUAUAAAACACUGGACAAACUUGGAAAAUAUAUACUGCAAUUCGUUUAGAGCGAUUUUCGUGAGCCUUGAAAAAUAGUUUCGGUAAGUGUUCGGUAUUUGAUUUAUCAGCCAUUGGAUAAAGAGAUCAAACAUGGACUCUUCGUUUUUUUGCCAAAGAAAACCAUAAUAUGGAGAAAGCAUUGUUCGAUUAGCCAGUCGUGUUGCAGUAUGAGGUCAAAGCGAAGUAUCGAUUGAUUUCUAGAAAGUUCUCGGGCAUGGAGUUUUUUCGCCCGAGCGUUCGCUUAACCAAACAAAGGCCACGCGCGUUUGUAUCCGUUCGAUAAACCAAUCAAAUCGCUUUAUUUCCGUUUGUUUGUUGUUUCUGUUUUGUUCGCGCGUUUUCAUUUCAAGGUCACACGAAAAUCGCUCUAACCUUAGAAUAAGUACUCGUUCACAUGUGGUUGUGAGCUCAAAAUCGAACUGGAUUUUGUUUGGAUACGAAGGAAGAGAAUAACCGGAAUAUCCGGGGAAAAACCGGAAGUAGCAAGAUCAAGAAGCAACAACAAAUUCAGCCCCUGUUUAUAUGGGGUAAGUGAGCGCCGCGUCGGCCUCAGGUUUGUUAGUCAGAUUACUAUUUCGAGCUACCGACGUAAAGUAAGGACUCUUUACACUUACAUUUCUUUUUGCAGUCUUCUCGGAAACACUCAACUCGUGUGUUUCCUGUGUUGUGUCUUUUCACGACCACACAAUCUCGGGGGUUGUCUGAUUGCCCUCUCUUCUGUCUACGUUUCAUCGUAGGUGAAAUCAACUCGCACAACAGUGAGAUGCAAGAUAUUGAACGAAAUAUCCGCAGUAUGCAGAACGACAUGACAAAACUGAACACGCUGAUUACCAAAGAGAGUGGGCUAAGAGAAGCUUUACAACAGGGGACCGUCUUGAUGGAGAGCGACUUCAUCCAGGCGCUCAAAGUAAGUGAUUAAUUAUCUACGACGCUGUUUUACUUGUGCUUUUUCCACUCGAGGCGCUGGACAUCCACGAGCUUUGGUUAGGGGUUGUAAGUUGUCCACCCUUAGAAUUUGGGAAAGUAUCUUGCUUAAGAAAUCGAGGUGAAGAGGAGAACUUCUACGUAGGUGGUGCGGCAAAACCAUUUGACUGGAUCAAUCUCGCACAAAUUUUUCUCCAACCCUCUUCACCUAAUUUUUUUUUUUUGGUUCAGGUUGUUUGUGUAGGAAGGACUUGAAAUUGAAAACAUUACCCCAAUUUGUCAAGCUGCAAUCCCUUUUGCUCGAAAUCCAAGGGAAUAACACUUUAUUUGUAGAUCUGCUGAAGCCAAAACAGAUUCCCUUUAUAUUAUUGUCUGUUUUAAUCUGUAUGACAGGAGGCCGAAAGAGAGUCUAUAGACAUGCAGAAUCAGAUCGACGCGCUCAAGGAGGAGAAAGAAAGGCUGCUCAACAGCUUAGUGGAAGCAGAGUAAGUGACUUAGUUCACAGAGCGAACUCUUAAAUGCAGGGUUAAGUUAAGUGGCAAAAAAUGAAGCUUCUUUCUGGUCUCAUCCGCGGUGUGAGAACCUGUAACCAUCAUGAGUGACAUAAAACAAUGAAAACAAAAGAAGUCAACGCGAUGGAGCUGAGGAAAAUAAAAGGUACAAAACAAAGAAAAACUUCUUAAGUCAUUAUACCGAGGUAAACCCGAAUUUUGACAGCAAAGCGAGAACCGUUUGUAAUCCAUGGCGGUAGCCGAAGAGUUUCGACUGUUGUUGCUUGAUUGUUGCUAGCAUAAAUCAUCUGGACGACAAAUAGCCGGGCUUAAGUCAUAGCUGGCGCAGCCGUACCCUUAAGAAACACUCUUUCAAAAGUUAAAAUAUUCUUCAAAAUAUAUUUUUUCAACGGUACUUUUUUGCUGUCUUCAGGCGUCAGAUCAUGUUGUGGGAGAAGAAGACGCAGCUAGCUCGUGAAGCUAAGAACGCUGUUGACCUGGAGUAUGGUCAAGGCGAAAUCAGAGCCAUGAAAGCAGAGAUACACAGAAUGCAGGUCAGAAAACUUUCCUUUGUUUAAGAAUUAUAAACACUCUAUUUUGUCAUAGACAGUAAUAACGCUGUUAUGUCGGAGGCGAAGCCGAGUCAUAUUAACACGGACACCAAAUGAACCAAAAUAGCUGGGUGGAACAACUGCUAACAUGGUGUGUUAACGAUGCAACAUUGUUUAACCAAUAUGGUUCUGAGUAAUCUUACCUAACACCGCCGUCCGACUUCCCUUACGCAGCUUUUGAAAUUUUUAUCUGUAAAGAAACUCUACUAGUUGUCCUGUUCGUCAGCUUUUCGGCACUAUCAAAUGAAAGUCAUUAAUGAAAAGAAAAGAAAGUACGGCCAGUGCAAGUGAAUUAAGUUUGACUUCUCGUUACGUACCCAAGGAAGAUCAAUUGAGACACCGACAGUAGAACUGAAUGUAUCUGUUUGGUUUGUGUAUCAGUUGAUAUGACGUCACAGUAGGCUGAAAGACUGCACGAGACGUUCGCGGGCGCGCGCACCCAGUUGCGUCAGAAAGGCUAAGUUGUGUUGCAGUCGGUCAACUUUUUUGCGUCUCUACGUAUGGCUUUUUUUCUUUACAGUUCUGUUCAAAUGCAACAAUUAAUUUUUUAACUGGUAGUCUUCCUGUGAAAAGAAAUAUAAACCAGAUUAUUCAAAAAUGUAAUUCACGACAGUUGGAGAAGUGGCAACCCAUUUGUAGUUAGGCCCAAAAUAGUUUAAAACUGUAAGUGCUUUUUUUUCACCCGUUCCUACGGAUCCGGUGCUAUUACAAAUACCUUUCCUCAUAUUUUAUCCACCGCAGAAGGUGUUUCCCAGCCUUUUUUUAACAUCGAUAGUGGCGCAAAUUCUGAGCCUUAACGUUUUUGUAGGUAUGUUAACGAAUUCAAAUAUAAUUUCCCAAACAGUUUACGGUGCCUCGUAUUUGUCAAAUAACUGUCUCCUUCUCCGAACUAUGUACCGUGAAUAUUUGUGUCCAUAAAAUUAUAAUAUAACCCACAUAGGAAGGAAACUGAGACAGUCAUUUACUUGAACAAUUGAUCUCAAGUCCGCACUUGUCUUUAAGACCAGCUGCUAACGAUUUCUAAUUUGUUUCUAGGUUCGUUACUCGCAGCUGAUGAGGCAGCAGGAGAAGAUGAUUCAGGAUAUGGAAAAGUCUGUUGUGCGAAGAGAAGUCAUCAUUACACGGUAACUACACACUGCGCAGCGGUCCGACUUUAUCUUAGUGCCGUUUUCUAUUCAGUAUCGAAAGUAAAAAAUUUAAUUUUGCUUUUGCAUAAGCAGAAGCGAAAGCAAUAGCCUGUGAACAGCAAAGCAGCAGUGAGGCUGAUGUGCAUGUGUACCGGCUUUCGGGCCGGUUAGAAUAGCCCACGUUCGAUAUAUUAAAAUUCUAACAUGACUCCGAGAAGGGUCAAAAUUGCAAAUGUUUCACGACUCCAUAUACCCGCAAUUCCCAGAAGAGACUUGGGCACAAAGAAAACCAAACCAAAUAUAGAAAAAUGACCAGAAAGCCUCGGAGGCAUGUUAAUACAUUGAACGUGGGCUAUUUGUCUGAUUUGUUACGUACCCGCGCGCAUUUUCCCGCGCGAGGAGUCGGUUACACGUGUUUUGAUCUGAUUGACGCAUUGGAUGGCGGCCUUUGUUGCGAUUGGCCACAGUAAUGGACCUUUGUAGCUUGUUAAUUUGGCUGCUAUUUCAGACCACGUUAUGGUACCCCAGAGGACUGUUUCUUUUAAAUCUCGUCCUGCAUCCACGUGCAUAUGUAUGCGUAAUUUAUGAAACUACAAAAGGCAAAUUCCCUGAAGGACAUCACGGGGUCUGAGUUGGUGAAACAAAACAUACAAGCUAAGAAGGUCUAUUGCUUUGGUUUGGGUUUAUUACGUACACAUAACUGAUCUGAUUAAACUAAAUUAAAACAAACAAGCAAGCAAAUAGAAGCAGAAGACAAAACGAAACAACCACCAUGGUGUCAAAUCGAAAUACUAAUUUGAACGCAACCCAUCUAUAGACUGGUGGAGAGAACGAGCAGAUUUAGGGCACAAAGUCAGAAGUGUGCAGCCGGACCGAUCAUUUUGAAAAUGAACUAGGCUUUCAGUGAGAGUUUUUGCUAAAAUCUUGUCAUUGUGAUGCGUGCUAUUCAGGAUACACUGACCUCGCUGGACAGUGUUCAUUAAAAGUAAAAUUUUCUUUCAACUGGACGGGUCUGACCGGCCAAUUCUGACUCAUUUUAUGCGCUCUUUAAUUCGGCCACGAGUAAGGCAAAAGGUACAACCGGCUGACAUGCACGAGAAGAAUAGUGUUCUGAUUAUUUCUAAUGUGUUUCUUAACUGCUGUUUUUCUUAGUGGAGAUGCUCAAGCUAAGAUGGGUAAGGUGACAAACACCAAAGGUACGUUCCAGAAGAAACUAGCUGAGAUGAAAAAGAAAAUCAAGCAGACAAACCAAGAUGCAAACGCCUGUGACACUGGUAAGCUGUUUAUUUUUGGUUUGGUUCUUCCGGCUGAUAAGCCAGAGGAUGCGAGUUUGGAGUUAGGGGUGGAGAGGGGGUUUAUUUUGUAGUCGAAAGGCGCGAUUUAUUUUUAACGAUUGCAAUGGUGAGCUUUUCACAAGUGAAGAUAUCUUUUCAGGCGAAAAAAAAUUGGUGCUAUAUUACAAGCAUCUUUCAUGACUUGCAACGAGUCUUCCUAUCACUCAAUAGCUAGAUGGUGUGCCUUUAAAACUGACAUGUUAGGGUCCAACUCCCGUAAAGGCAAAAUGAGGAGUAUGUUGUGUACCCCUUUAAUCCCUAGUUCCUUGUAGUUCCUGUGCGUUUCUCAAAGACGAGCAAGGAGGCUAGUGUAUUAGCACAAGGAAGAAGAAAUCGCCAGGAUAACAAUCGCCUUCUUUCUUUCUUCAUGGAAUUUAAAAUUUUGAACAAAAAAGAUUGCUUGUGGGAGUAUUAGCUGCUUAAAAAAGCUGUUACAUUGUUUAAUGUAGAUAUUCAAGUGCUCCGUGAAAAACAGAUGUCAGUGAGCCGCGAGUUAGAAGAAAAACAGACGACGUGCCAGCAACUACAGACCAGUGCUGAUGAGUUGGAGGUGCAAAUAGACACACUAUCGGAGGAGAGGCAGAGGGUGAGUUUCCAACACCUGAAUUACAACUCCUACCCCCUAGUGAAAGAUUGUGUCAUAUCUUGGUCAUCGUCCUUUGCAAGGAAUCUGUGCGGGUGGAGAUGGGAAAGGGUGUUCUCGACGUUUCUCGGCCGACAUUUCAUGGCGCCACCACUGGUUCCCCCGCGAAAUGACGUCUGAGAAAUUAGGGCAGAUAUUCCAUACUGAUGACGUAUCACUUGCCAGAUCUGGGUAGUGCUUCUGAUUGGUCGUGCCGCGUGGGAUAUUGGCUUCAACCAAUCAGACGCACUACCCAGAUCUGGUUAGUGACACGUCAUCAGUAUGGACUUUCUGCGCUCAUUUCUCAGACGUCAUUGCGCGGGGAAGCCAGUGGUGGCGUCGUGAAAUGUCGGCUGUUUUCUCAGGUUACCCCAGCCUCCUUGUGACACAAAGAGGCCUCUGCAGAGAAGAGGCCUACAUUUGAGAAAGUGACCACUAUUCUUCGCUUAUUGGGUUUUGGGAGGUACGACUGUGCCUUGGUAGAGUGAACUCAAACUCAUUCCCUGCUAUCAUAGAUGUUAAAAUCAACUGGAAGUUAACUGUGUUUGGGAUAUAUAUGCAUCAUUUUGCACUGUUUGCAUUAUGAAUUUGUGCUACAGAAGUUUUCGUCGUGUGAGACGUUUAUGUCGUCUUGAGACGACUUAAACGUCUAGGAUAAAAACGGUAAAUAAGACAGACGCAUUUAGCGUCUGACGGCAUUGACGUCUUCUGUUAAGUUGCGUCUUUCAGACGCACUUAAUAGACGACUUGAAGGUCUCAGACGUUAAGUGCGUCUAGUAUAAAAACAGGAUACCGUAAAUUGGGACUCGUUUAUACCCAACUCGUCCAGAGAUGACUGGGAAGAGUCAGAAUCGUGUAUUUUUGUUUUUUACGAAAAAAGUCUGUUUUUUUUAGUGUUAUCGUCUACUUUUCCGCGUCCCGUUUUUACACCAGUCUUUAACGUGUCAGACGUUAAAUACGUGUAGAUAACUUUAAUGUCUCUAGCAUAAAAACGGCCGAUCGCAUUGCGUGUGAUAGUUUUCAGCAAAAUGUUAGUUAUACCUAAUGACACCUUCUAUUCACUCGUCAGAAUCUGGCCGAUAUCGUGGCUAAACAACAGAAGCUGAAAUAUUACACUCAGUUAAAGAAUGGACGCUACACACCGCUGUGCAAAACACCAGAGACACUAGAGAACGAGCUCCAGAAACAGCGGGCUCGCCUCCAGUCCCUCAUGACCAUCGUGGAUCGCUUGAAUCAGGAGUUUCCUCAAGCUCAGCCGGCAUUGCGCAAAAUCACACUCUCCCUGGGAUACAGAGGAUUACCUGAAGAAGCUGCAGCGUAGUUUGUACCUACUCCUCCCAUAGGAAAAU